CGUUGCUUCCGAGAGGCAUUAUCUUCGGGGUUUAAUCAUGCUCCACUCAAUCAUCUCCAACUCUAAGGACGCGAGCGACCGCGAACACGCCACACAUAUCCUGAACUGUAUCACGUCUUCACGCAAGCUUCUGGGAUUGAUCAAGUUAAGGCAGAGGGCGAAUCCCGAUGGACUCAAGACUGCGAUUUGCGAGAGCUUGUGUGAGUGUGAGGAGCAGUUGAUGUCGCACUUCCAGGCGUAUGUUCGAUGGUAUGCUCGUACGACCAAGGGUGGGUUGAGGGGCGGACAGAGAAGGUGGAGCUCGACUUGGUCGUCCGCAUCUUCCGCCCGGCCUAACUUUCGCACGCCGGGUAAUUCACCGGACAAGACCCCCGGUUCGGGUGAAGUCAGCGUUGAGAGGACCCUCAGCGACAAACAACGCGAACGUAAAGAAAAGAGGGUGAAAGAGAUGGAGAGGCUUACUGUUGCAGACUUCUGCGUGAGUCCUGUGCAGAGGGUCGGCAGGUACUCCUUGCUUCUUCAGGAGAUGAGGAAGAAGUUUGAGGAGACGGAGGAGGAAACAGGAAUGUUUGAGAAGGCCUUGGAGACUGCUGAGCAUCUCGCCGGAGCCUCAGACGUGGCUGCCGCGUUCGGCGCCUUGAAGAAAUGAAAGCUAGAAGUCGAAAUCUAGGGGGAGCAUAUAUUCAUCGGAGGAGGAGGAUGACGAGCAAAACUAUGUCGGGAGUGAAUGUGAAUCAUAGAGGAUAUACGGGCUAUGCAUGUUAGUUUUGAUCUUUUGUGGGGGCGUUAUUCUGUUUUGCGCUAUGCGUUCUUGGAUGUGUUACUGGGAUUUUAUGUCGGCGUUGGGGC